CUUUCACCGCGAUGAUCGCUCGACGCCAAGGCACCCAGGCGUUUGACAGCUGAGGCAGGCGGAAACCGCGCUGGUCGCAGAUUGAGGGCGAUAUCGGACUCGACUCGUGGAGAGGGGAGAUGGAUGGCCGAUCAGGAGAGCUGUCGAAAAGGGCGGUUGAUGAGUCGAUGACAGGCGAAGCGGAGCCGAAAAACCCAACAGAUCAACUCACCCGCCCCACUGAUUCGCUGUCUUUUUUCCCCAAUUGACGGGCGGAGGGGUCGCAAUCUGCAGCAUGACAGGAUUUUAUCUGGCAUGGCAGGUAUAUACCUGCGCAGCCAGGUCGGGGGCGAUUCCUGUCAGGAGAUUUGAACAGUCCCCUGCCCACUUUCCUUCUUUCUCCUCCAAGUUCUUUUCCAGCCUGCACCAUGUCUGACCCCGACCUUUCUGAGAACCGUCCAAGACACGUCGAUCGGAAGGCCCUUUAUACCGAUCUAGAAGCGCGGAUCGACUAUCUGCAGAAGUUUCUCGAUUUUAAUGCCGACGAUGUCGCCGCUCUUGUUCGAGGCGCCAAAUAUGUCAAGGCCCUCGCUCCAACGGUGGUGGAUAAGGUGUAUGCAAAGCUUUUAGAGGCCGACAUCACAGCGCGCGUCUUUCGCACCCGGAAUACGGCCGUGGAAGAAGAGCCGGACGAUUAUCCAACCAUCGACAGUCCUACAGUUCAGCGCCGCCGCCAGUUUCUUCGAUGGUACAUGACGAAACUAUGCUCAGAUCCGACCAAACCCGAAUUCUGGCGCUAUCUCAACCAAGUCGGGAGAAUGCACUAUGGCAAAGAACGUCUGCACGCGUUAAAUGUCGAGUAUAUCCAUAUCGGUGCCUGUCUCGGAUUCAUCCAGGACAUCGUCCUCGAGGCGGUUUUGACAUUCGAAAAGCUUACUCUGCCUUUUCGGCUGGCACUAGUCAGAGCGCUGGGAAAGGUGAUCUGGAUUCAGAAUGACCUCUUUGCACGAUGGCGUCUGCGUGAUGGUGAAGAGUUCACGGAGGAGAUAGAAGCGCUCCAUAAACAACAGGAAAAUGGUGCUCAAGUCACCCCGAAGCCUAGCUCGACGCACCUGCGGGCAGAUUGCUCGUCCUGCGUCAAGACCACCACUGCAAGUUCAACGUCUUCCUCGUCGUAUGCGAGUGUUUUCUCUGAGGCGUCGUCGGCCGAGACCGCGCCAUCCCCGCCGACCAUUACCACCCCCAAACCAUCCCUCCAAUCGUCUGGGUGUCCAUUCUCGCAAAUGCCCAAGCAAUCUUUUGAGACCAAGGUCUGGUCAAACGCUUGGCCUUCGCAACCGGUGGGACCUGGCGGUACUCCGCGGUAG